AUGGAGGAAAGGGAAACUGUAGCUGAGUAUUUGUUUAGGAUCAAUGAUACUGUCAACGAUAUGAAAUCCCUUGGUGAAGACAUUAAGGACUCAGAUGUUUGUAAGAAAAUUCUCAGGUCUCUUACACCUAGAUUCAAUGCAAAGGUUACAAUCCUUAAGGAUAAAGACUUAUCUCAAAUGAAGAUUGAUGAUCUACAAGCCUCUCUUACCGCCUAUGAGAUGAGCAUUAGAACUCCUACUCUUCAAAGAAGAGAAGCUGCACUUAAAGUUAAAGAAGUUACUGAAGAAUCUGAUCCAAAGUCUGAGGAAGAUGAUCCUGAAGAGGAUGAAGUGGCCUAUCUAUCAAAGAAGUUCAAGAAAUUCAGAUUUAAGAAGAGAAGUCAAUCUCAAAAUCUAACUUAUUAUGGAUGUGGCAAGCCUGGCCAUCAUGUCUCAAAAGACAAACCUGAGGAAUCAAAAGAAGAUGAGUGUUUGUUUAUCGCUACUCUUGAAACACCACAGAAAGCAGCUGAAGUUGAAGAACACAGUGAAGACAGUGACUCGGAGAUUAAAGAAAUUCUUGAAGAAUGUGAGAGACUUGCUGUGAAGUGCAAUCAACAAAAGUCUCAGCUGAAAGUCCUUAGCUUUGAGUUUCAAAAAUCCAAACAACUUCUUGUUAAACAUUUCAAACUUAAGCUGCCUACCUUAUAUUCAAUUUCUCUUAUCUUCUCAAGUCUAAAGAAGUCUCAAUCCAAUACUGAAUGGUUAACCAAGAGAUAUAGAAAAGAACUCUCACUAAUUCUUCAAGAAAGAUCUUUGAAAAUGGUUGAGAUUUGGAAGCAAUCCACAAAGCAAAUUAGGAAGACUGGAAUUGGUUACAUUUGUGAUACUGCAACCAAAGUGAAACAAAAUCACACUGUGUUUGUUAAGGCAUCUUCAGGAGAAGUGUUUACAAGAUUUCCAAUCAUAAAACCCUCAAGAAUAAAGUAUAAUUCAUUUGACAGCUUCUGCAGCAAGUCAAGGUUAAAUGAAAGUGAUUUUAUUACAUCAACCUUCAAGAAUUACAAAGUUACCAAAAUGUAUGUAAAGAAGUUAGACAUAAUUCCAGUUCAGAAAGUUAAGGAUAGCAGAUCUCUUGUGAAGUCUAAGAUGAUGUGGAUACCAAAGAGAAUGAAUGCUGUGAGUAUGUUGGUGUAUACUGCCUUCAAAGCUGGUAACACAAAUGACAAAUGGUAUGUUGGUAGUGGCUGCUCGAGACAUAUGACAGGUGAUAGUUCCAAGUUUGUAUCACUAAAGAACUUUGAUGGAGGAAAUAUCAUCUUUGGAGACAAUCAAAAGGCCAAGAUUAUUGGUAUUAGCACUGUGAGUAAGUCUGAUGAACUACCUAAGAUAAAAGAGGUAUUACUUAUUGAAGGCCUCAAACAUAAUCUCCUAAGUGUAAGCCAACUAUGUGACAAUGGGAAGAAAGUCUGUUUUGAUAAGGAAAGAUGCAAUGUGGUUGAUAUUGAAUCUGAAAAAGACCUAUUCUCAGCUUACAGAUCCUCUGGAAAUGUAUACACAGUCUCAGAAGAAGCUACUUAUUGCAAUUUGACCUCUCUAAAUGAAGCUAUACUAUGA